GGCCGCAGCUUGCCAAUUCCCCCACUGUGAUAGUGAUGGUUGGCCUCCCAGCCCGCGGGAAGACCUACAUCUCCAAGAAGCUGACCCGCUACCUCAACUGGAUUGGUGUUCCAACAAAAGUUUUUAACGUCGGGGAGUAUCGUCGCGAGGCGGUGAAGCAUUACAGCUCCUAUGACUUCUUCCGCCCCGACAACGAGGAGGCCAUGAAAGUCAGGAGGCAGUGUGCCCUGGCUGCCUUGAGGGAUGUCAAGCUGUACCUGACCGAGGAGGCUGGCCAGAUUGCGGUUUUUGAUGCCACCAAUACCACGCGAGAGAGGAGAGGGAUGAUCCUAAACUUUGCCAAAGAAAAUGGGUUCAAGGUGUUCUUCAUUGAAUCUGUCUGCAAUGAUCCCACAGUAGUUGCCACCAACGUUAUGGAAGUAAAAUUGUCCAGCCCUGAUUACCGGGACUGUAAUUCAACUGAUGCCAUGGAGGACUUCAUGAAGAGGAUCAACUGUUACCAAGCCAGCUACCAGCCGCUGGACCCUGAUGACUAUGACCGGGAGCUUUCUCUCAUCAAAGUCAUCGACGUUGGCCGGCGGUUCCUGGUCAACAGGGUUCAGGAUCACAUCCAGAGCAGGAUCGUUUACUACCUGAUGAACAUCCAUGUCCAGCCCCGCACCAUUUAUCUCUGUCGGCAUGGCGAAAGCGAGUUCAACCUCAAGGGGAAGAUUGGAGGUGACUCGGGCCUCUCCAACAGGGGCAAGAAGUUUGCAUUGGCACUGAACAAGUUUGUUGAGGAGCAGAACCUGAAGGACCUCAAAGUCUGGACCAGCCAACUAAAGAGGACAAUCCAAACAGCAGAAGCUCUCCAACUGCCCUACGAGCAGUGGAAGGCACUCAAUGAAAUCGAUGCUGGUGUGUGUGAAGAAAUGACAUAUGAAGAAAUCAGAGAGCAGCAUCCAGAGGAAUUUGCUUUACGUGAUCAGGAUAAAUAUUACUAUCGCUAUCCUUCUGGGGAGUCUUACCAAGAUCUGGUACAGCGCCUAGAGCCGGUCAUCAUGGAGCUGGAGAGACAAGAGAACGUCCUUGUGAUCUGUCACCAGGCUGUCAUGCGCUGUCUCCUGGCAUAUUUUCUGGACAAGAGUGCAGAUGAAAUGCCCUACCUGAAAUGUCCCCUUCACACAGUGUUGAAGCUUACCCCGGUGGCCUAUGGCUGCCGGGUAGAGUCCAUCUCGCUGAACAUUGAAGCCGUCAACACCCACAGGGAACGGCCAGAGGAAGCAAAGAAGGGACCUAACCCGCUCAUGAGACGUAAUAGCGUUACCCCUCUAGCAAGCCCAGAGCCCACCAAAAAACCUCGCAUCAACAGCUUUGAGGAGCAUGUGGCUGUUUCUUCUGCCCUGCCAGGCUGUGUUCCUCAGGAAGUGCCCACGCAGCUGCCGGGACAAAACAUGAACAACUCACAGAAGCCAUCGUGACUCCGUUGGCGCUGUCGCAAGGCCACCGGUGACGCCACCGGCGACGCCAGCUUCCCAUCCCAUCACCAUUUCCGAAGCUUGCUUAUAAACUGGUCUCCUCCGUCUGCGGUGAGGUCGACCCUCGGCUGUUUCUACCCAUGCCUGUUCAUCUGC